GCUGAGAGCGUCAAUCUGCAGCCGUAGCCGCGGGGCUGGACCUGCAGCGAGCCGGCGGCGCGGAGUAGGGCUGCGGAGCAAACAUGAAUGUUGGAGUCGCCCACUGUGAAGUGAAUCCAAAUACCCGUGUCAUGAACAGUCGGGGUAUGUGGCUGACAUAUGCAUUGGGAGUUGGCUUGCUUCAUAUUGUCUUACUCAGCAUUCCCUUCUUCAGUGUUCCUGUUGCUUGGACUUUAACAAAUAUUAUACAUAAUCUGGGGAUGUAUGUAUUUUUGCAUGCAGUGAAAGGAACACCUUUUGAAACUCCUGACCAGGGUAAAGCAAGACUCCUAACUCAUUGGGAACAACUGGACUAUGGAGUACAGUUUACAUCUUCACGGAAGUUUUUCACAAUUUCUCCAAUAAUUCUAUAUUUUCUGGCAAGUUUCUAUACGAAGUAUGAUUCAACUCACUUCAUCCUAAACACAGCUUCUCUCCUGAGUGUGCUAAUUCCCAAAAUGCCACAACUACAUGGUGUUCGGAUCUUUGGAAUUAAUAAGUAUUGACAUUUUUUGAAACUGAACAAAAAUUUUUAUAGCUACUGAAUUUCUUAUAAGGAAGGAGUGGUUAGUAAACUGCACUGUUUCUGUGAUAAUGUGAAAUGACAGGUAUUUAUGUUGGAGAGCCAAUGGCUGGUCCUUCAAGUGCUGUUUUGAAGUGCAGAUUUCUGUUAAAUGAUGCCUCUCUUUAAUACAUGUGGUAUCUGAAGAGAGGCUUUAUAAGCAGGCUGGGCAGGCCCAGCUUAUAAGUUAAAGGGCAACACAGUGAAGAUGUAGUAGAUAAAUUCAAGGAAAUAAGAAUUUGUAAGAUACUAGGACCAGCAUAACUUAUAAUGAAUGGGAAUUGUGUUAAGAAAAGAGCAUUUUCAAUCAUUCAGUUAUGGUUAAAGCAGACUUACAUGUAAACCAGAAUCAUCUCUAUAUAGGUUUAUUAAAGAUUGUUUUUAUUACCAUACAUAUUUCUCUUGUUUUAUGUAAGAGUAUUAUAUAUCCUCUUGUUUUAUACAAGCCAGUUCCUACUUAUGAGGGUACUUUUUUGGUUUUGCUGGCUCAAUAUUGUGUAUUGAUCGAUGAGGUCAUUUUUACAUUUAUUACAUUACAGAGUUCAUGGAGGUUCACCUUCAUGACUGAUUGGUGAUAGAAGAUAGCCAAGCAUUUUACAAGCAGCCUCAGAGUCAGUGUUCUAAUUUUGGAACAAAGUGGGUUUUACUGCUUUUCCAGACACAAGGCUGCUAAACCAAUUGAGAAAAUAAUUUAUUUCAAGCAACUGAAAAGUAUAUGGUAAUUUAAAGGUAUCUGCUUAUUUGCUUGAACAAUUUAGUUGGCAAAGUCUGUUAUCAUUUGGAAAAGGAAAUAUAAAAGGAACAACCGUAUGGCCAACCUCUGGUCUGGCAGAAACUGCUUCUCUAGCAAUAGUACCAAAGUAAGUAACAGUCUUUUUUUGGCAGGUCUGCGGUAAAAGAUAACAUUUUCUUUUCUUAGUCCUGCUCCUGCUCUCAACCCCCACAUUUUGUCCAUUAAUAUUUUGUCUUUGAAUACAUGGGUCUUAGUAUAGAUAGCUCAAAAUGGUAACUGUCUUCAGAACAGCAACCACAUUGAAUUCUUGUGACUUAGGAAAGCUUCCUAUAGUUGCUGACAUUAACUACAAGAAAUAACUAUAUACUACUUUAAGAAGUAAACAUUCAAAAACAAUCCCAUAAAAUUCAGAUGUGAUGAAAUUUAAAAAUUCAGUAACAUUUAUAAACAAAAUUGAAUGAAAAGAGUUAUAGAUCAAGUUAAACAUCAAUCUGUGUCAGUAAACUGACUUCUGGGGGUAAUGAUCAUUGUUUUGUAUUUCAAAAGUAUUGAGUUUAGAAAUCAGUUGUAUGAUACUACCUUUGUAUAUUUGUCUUUUCCCAUGUAUUUUUAAAUAACUGGCAUCUAUAAUAAAAUUUUUCCUUGGUGUAAGAUUA